AAAUUUCGCCAAGUGUUGGCCAACCAAUCCAUUACGACAUUGAGUGCGUUUGUUAUCAAUGAGCCUAAAACUGUUUGAGUUUGCUCUUGAAAGUUCAUUGUGAUCUAAUGCAUCUGAUCUUUCGUUGAUUCAAGAAAUAUUUGAAACUGUCAGUUUUAUUCCGCCGCCUAUUGUGAAAAACGACAAACAACCGGGUCCAAAUCUUCCGCGCAUAUCAAUUGGUUUGAAUAUUUGAAGAGUUUUUGUAUUUGCCUUAUAUUGAUACAAAGUUUUUGAUGUCCAACAGCAUCAAAAUCGUGCUUCGAACGGCGAUCAGAUUCUAAAAUUUUAGACAUUAAAAAGAUUUCUGUAACUGUCACAAAAGUCAAAUAGAUUUAUGGUUUUGCCACUUUGAAAAAAACUUUGCUUAACGAUCAGUGUUUGAAGUUGUCUUUGAUAAGUGUAGUUAUGUUGCUGUGGCAUGCUGCCCUGUUCACGGGAAUGGCGGUGGGUGCAUUAGUCAUACUUACUCUCCUAUUCUUCAUCGUCCUACGAAAAUACCAACACAAGAAACAGUAUGACGAUGCGACCCGUGCUCGUGUCUAUCGUGACUCAAUGAACCCGGACUUGUUCUUGGGUGGAAAGUCGAAGGAGCAUCAUGAGAGUCCACGUUUGUGGAGACCCAGAACAAUGGUGUGCAAUACACUCAUCUCAACGCGAGGAGAAUCCACCCUUUACAUAGGAGAUCAUGAUAAAAAUGUGGACAUGGGGAACAACAGAAACAGACCAAAAGUGGGUUUGGGUUUUGAUGGCAGUAAAUCGGCUGGCGUGGGGAUGAGUGCUGUGGGAAACCAGCCACGAGCAGAGAGAGUGAGCUAUGACAGUAUCGAGAUACAAGAGUGGGGCAACACAAGAGAAAGCACAUUCUCUAUGGACCUCGAUUGACCCGAACUGAAGAAAAGAGGACUCGAAUAAAACAUGGUGUAAAAUUAGUACUUCCGAUUCCAAUCUGAGAUGUACUUUCUUAAAUUAGACACAAUUAGUUUUUAUUAAUGUUUCUUAAUUAUUUCAAACUUCCAAG